AACCGGACCGAAAUCAUAGCUAACCCUUCUAUUCUAUUAAAUCCCCUCUUUCACCACCACCCCCCUUAUCUCAUUAUUCUCCCAAUUACACACACACACACAUAUACUCUCUCUCUCUCUCUCUCUCUCUCUCACACACACACAAGUAAAGCCCUUUGAUUCUCUCUCUAAAUCUGGUGUAUAACUCUAGAGAACAAUAAUUAAUCGAAGAUAGGACAACAACAAUCCUAUCACUGAUCUUUUUCUUCUCUCCUCUCUUUCUACCAUUUUUCCCUCACUUGUUUAGAGGGAGGAGAGAACUUUUCUCACAAAACACCAAUUCCAUAGAAUUAUACGAUAUUAUAGAAGCUAGCUACUGAUCAUAUAAUUAAUAUAUGUCGAAAAUGAUGAUGCUGAUGAACAACGAAUCAGUAGAUGAAAGAGCGGCGACAGAGGAGGCUGCGGAGGAAGAUGGCCCCGGUGGGUCUCGAGGUGGGGCCGGGUUGAAGAAAGGUCCUUGGACCACGAGUGAGGAUGCGAUCCUGGUUGAGUACGUUAGGAAGCACGGCGAAGGGAAUUGGAACGCGGUUCAGAAGAAUUCUGGCUUGGCUCGAUGCGGUAAGAGCUGUAGACUUAGAUGGGCCAAUCAUCUUAGGCCCAAUCUCAAGAAGGGUUCCUUUUCUCCCGACGAAGAGCGGAUCAUUAUUGAGCUUCACGCCAAGAUCGGUAACAAAUGGGCUCGCAUGGCUUCUCAGUUGCCAGGUAGAACUGACAACGAGAUAAAGAAUUACUGGAACACAAGAAUGAAACGACGCCAGAGAGCUGGGCUUCCACUCUACCCACAUGACAUCCGACACUACCAAAACGACAACUCUCAAAGGCAUUCCACUUCAUCAUCUUCGUCGUUUUCAUCCCAAUUCCACCAGCCCAAGCCCAACUAUGCCCCUUUUCAUCAUCACCGUUCGGCUUUUCAUUCCCAACCAUCCGAUUCAGCCCAGAUAUUCAAUGGAAAUAACACUGGUUUCGCUUUGCCUAUAAAUUCCCCUGUUUUUUCAUUCGGAUCAUCCUCGUCUCAUCCUCCAAUGCUUAACCAGAGCACUACUCACAUACCGAUUCCCCAAACGACACUCCCCAAUCCCGCGUUUCAGUACAACGCUCAUCCCGGAGGUUUUAAUUGCAAUUUCAGCAACUUCAAUGCAAUUGUCACGGGACCUCCGUUCGACGCCGCUGUGGUCGGAAUUCAAUCACCGUUGUCGCAUCGGGUGAAUAUGGUUACUGAGCUCCCUUCGACCCAAACGACACCGCUUCAGUCAACAACUACGCCAGCUUCGUCGUACACAAACGGCGGAAGAGGAGGAGGAGGAGGUGUUGGAAAUAAUGCUGAAGAGUUCAAUUUUGAAGAGUAUCGAGAGAAUAGUGGGCUCUUGGAUGCUUUGUUGACUGAGGCUCAAGCUCUAUCUCGCAACGAAAAAUCUAAGCGCAAAGCAUCGGUUAUGCCGGCAACUGCCAAAUCCAAACGUGCUUCGUCAGAAAAUGAGGAUCGAGAAGGUCACACCGUUGGAUCAGAAUCGGUUUUGAAGUAUAGCUGUGAGACUGGAAGUACCGGCGAUGAGAAUGGACGGACGGAAAACUUUAGUACUUCUUGCCAUUCCUCAGUUGGGAUAGAACAAAAGGAGGAGCCAGUGGAUGUGAACUCCAUGGAUGAUGACCUAAUCAGCUUGCUCAACAACUUUCCGACAUCGAUGCCGGUUCCAGAUUGGUACGGUGGAUCAGGUGACCGAAACCAUUGUAAUAAUAAGAAGGAAAAAUCGAGCGUAACAAGUAGCUUUACAAGGAGGGUUGAUGAAGACGACGUGGUGUUGGAGCAGGACUCUUCGUCUGUUCCAGCGCGGACCACCGGUAAACGUGAACGGAGUUUGGACUCUUGUUAUUGGAAUAACAUGCCUGGCAUAUGUUAAAAUUGUUAGACCCAGCUUUUCUUCAAGCAUGUGUGUUUAACUUUAACCGGCCGGGCUUCCUGAUUCAAAAUAAGACUAAUUGUAUUAGAUCAGUAGGGUGUUCAUAUUUAUAUAUAUACGCAUAUAUAUAUAUAUAUAUAUUAAGUGAGGUUUAGAUGAGAAUGAAUGAUCACUGAUAUACUAGUAGGUUUCGAUCACCAUCAUAUAGUAUGUUUGUAUCGUAGUAACUAAUUAUUAUUAUUAUUUAUGAAAACUAUUAAUAUAUGUUGUGCUGAUAAAAAAUUUUUGUCUUAUAAUGCAUGUAUAGCCUUACUAUGCUGACCUAGUAGCUACCAAGGCAUAAGCUCGUGAUGGAGUUUUGAUAUGGUGUUCAAUAAAAUAAAAUAAAUAAAUGCUAAGCUAACCCACACAUUCAGGCGUCAAGCAAACACUAUAAUUAUAUUGUUAUUAGUGUAUUUAAAUAUUAAAUCUCAUACAUUUUAAUUUAAUAAUAAUAUGAAAAUAAAAACUAUAUAAAAUUACUCAUUAAGUUGCCAAAUAAUAGUACUCACAACCUCACCAU